AGAACCCCAAAGGAUCUUGUGCACAUGCGCGUUGUGCAAUCUACCGGAGCGCGAGAGGUAGGGAAGGCAGUUCUAAUGGCGGAGAAUGUUCGGUCGCCUUUUGACUACCGGGAGCCACCGACCCUCGACAGCGACGGGGAUGGGAGCAAACCGCCGCCUCCACGGGGCCGUGUGUGUGGGAGGAAAAGGAAGGGAACACCUGUAAAGGUGUGUGACCGAGCAUAUGUGACAGAAGAUGAAGAGGAGGAGAGCAUGUCAGAGCACAGUUACAGCCCCGGUGAUGGCCAGUACCCUGAGGGUGCAGAAGACCGCCUCCCUCCACCUGGCAGUCCCUACUACCUGCCUGACCCCACUCAGCUCUGUGUGCCAGAGUUGGGGGAGGAGGGGGGAAGUGGUGUUCGAGGACCCGUGCUCUUCCACCCGCCGCCAAACUGCCGGAUUCGAGAAGUCCACUGCGGAACCCAGGUGCGAUUAGUUGUCAUAGCGAUCCGAGACAUCGCCAAAGGGGAGGAGAUCACAGUGGACUACAGCCUAACGGACUGGGGCGAGAAUGCACUGGAGGAAGAGGCUGGCCCCCACCCACUAUCGCUCUCUGUUUCUGAUUACCUUACCCCCUCGUGGUCAUUAUCGCCCUCUUCCUCCCCACUCACCCACUCUGAACCCAGUGACUCAGACCGGGAGGAGGAUGAAGAGGAGGAAGAUGAUGACGACGACGACGAUGAUGAAGAAGAGGAAAUGGAAGAGAUAAGGGGUCGAAUGCUUCGGCGCCGCAAGAAACGCAAGUUGCCUGCGGCGGUCAACUCGAAGAAGAAGAAUAAUGCACCCACUUCUUCCAGAGGACCUGGGCGCCCCUGCUCCUCCUUCUCCCGCCCGACACCUGUUGCACCCCCACCUAGAUCCCAGCCCCAGCCCACAGUCAGUUCUCUGACACCUCCAACCACUAACAUAAACAAUAACAUCAACAUAAACAUCGGCAGUUCUAGUGGUCCCACGGUGAGCCGGCGGCAGCACUGCCCGUACUGCGGCCGGCACUACCGAUCCCUGGCACGCCACCUGGAGAAGCACCACGCCAACCAGCCGGAAGUCAGAACAGCCAUGGAGCUGGCACACCUCCACACGCACAGCUCUUCAAAUGGCAGUGCCUCACAACCCCACCCCUCUUCAUCCUCCACCUCUGCUACUCACAGUCAUUCCUUCGCAGUCCCUCAGUCGUCCUCCUCCAACCCAACUCCCCCUUCUCUCUUCCCCAGGGAGAGGGAAUCACCUGCCACCCGUUCGAGCACAGGCGCUGUCUCGUUCUCCCUCUCGCUUUCACCAAAUGCUUCGGCUCAGCCUCCAGCUGCUAAGAAAGCACCCAGCUUACCACUGCCCGCCACAAAACCCCCAGCACCCCCGAUGGUGCCCCGGGUAAAGAGUCCAUCACCUCCGCCACCAUCUACCCCCAGAAGGGGCCGGAGGAUGAAGAAAGAAAAGCACGAAGAGCAGCAGAAAGUCGAAGUGGAAAGCUCAAGAAAUCAAGAGGAGUUAGUUCCGCCUCCUACACCGGAGCCGGACAUUGAUCCAGAUGAAGAGCUGGAGCUGAGUGCAGAAGGGGAGGACGAUGCACCAGAAGAGAAGAAUGGAGAGAUUGUAAGCACACACAGACAUCACAUGUCUCCAUUACUCUCUUCCCUUUCUUGCCUGGUCCUAUAUCUCCGUCGUCAGCAGCACUCCUCCUUCCUUUCUUUGACUCGUUCUCCUCACUCUGCCGAGGCCUGGCGUCUGCUCUGCCACUCCAGCCUCUCUCUGCUCAUCCUCUACAAUCGCCACCGAGAAUGCGAGGUGGCCAAGCUCACUAUCCAGGACUACCGUAACCGCAUCACCCCUCAGCCCAACGCCAGCAACAGCUCCCCUUCUGGCAUGGAAGCUUUCCUGUCCCCCUUUGAGCGCCAGGUCUUGUGUCAUCUCCCACGGGCCGGUGUCUUAGGCAAGCGAGGGCGCAUUCAGCCUCUAAUUCUCCCGCCACACUGCGAAUCCUGCCUCGACCUGCUUCUUCGAACCAGCCCCAACGUGGGGGUGGACCCAGAGAGUCCCUACGUCUUCUCCCGGCCCUACCACUCCCCUGCCACCCCACUUCGCGGCACAGACCUCCUGAGAAACCUGGCUAGAGCCAGUGGUGCUAAAAACCCCGGAGCAUUAACGGCAACACGAGUGCGGCGACAGGUAGCCAUCCUUACCCAGCUGCUACUGCUGGAGGAGGGUGAUGGCCAGGGAGGAGCCAUCAAACGGCUGGAGGACUUCCUGGAGCACGAGUACCACGUGACCCAGAACUGCUCCACUAUCAUACGAGACCCAGCACUGAUGGGUCGUGUGGGUCGAGUCGUUCUCUAUGGAGAGAGGGAGGGAGUGCUUUUCAGAGGGAUGAGCCUGCAGCACAUCUGCCUCGAGUUGGAUGUCAUGUCUGGCAACUCAGCAGAUUCCUUCUCAGAAGAUUCUGAGGCAGAGGAAGUUAAAGAGGAAAUUAAAGAGAAGACGGAGGUCACGGUGAAAAAGAAGGGACCGGGCCGACCUCCGCGGAAGAAAAAGGCGCCCGUUCCGUCACCUGCCAUCAGCCCGUCUUUAGCUAAUGCCCAUAAGAGAAGAAACAUUCCACCUAAAUCAGGGAAGCGCGGUGUCCUGAAGCGUCCCUGGUCAGAAGCCGAGCGUGUAGCAGUGGAGACUCACCUGAAGAGAAACCUCAUGGAACUGCGCGUCCCCGCGAAGGCGGACUGCGAACGAUGCCUCGAACUCUGCCCUCUGUUGGUGAGCAACCAGCGAGACUGGAGGGCGAUCAAGUUCUACGUCCACAACCGCAUCCAGCUGCUGAAGAAGCAGGGGAGGAGGGAGAGCGCGGCUGCAGUCUGCUAGGGCCGAGCGCAGACGCGGCACAGGACAGAUAUCAUAAUGUAAAAACCACCAGCAAUCACAAUGAAGAGGAUAAACUCUAGAUCACGAUGGGACGCAGUUUCUCUUUCCCAUUUAUUUUUAUUUUAUUUUUUACAUGGGUGCCGUACUCUGAAGUAUAGCUGCAUUCCCCGUCUCUGGUCAUAUGGGAGUAGUGUAAUAACAAUGAGUAAGCUAAGAAGACAGAUGGGUUACUCCAGUUCAAGAUGAUGUGUGUACUCGGUGUUGCGGAUGCCCGGUGUCUCUUUUUUUUUAAAUGUCUUUUCAAGCGGUUGUACAAAAAUGUACUUUUGUGUGAAUAUGCAUUGAAACACAAGGAAUGAUUUUUUUUUUUUUGUAUUAUUUUAUUUUUAUUUUUUUAAUGUCAUUUUGCUUUACUAGAAAACAGUGGCAAGUGAGUGAGUGUAACGGAGAGAGAGAGAGAGAAGAAACAAGCAACAAAGGUCUCUGACUACAGCAAUUAGUCCUUGGUCUAGCAUUUCUUUCCACUGAAGGCUGAAGACCAAACAUGAAUGUGUAAAGCUUUGGAAGAAGAUACCAGUGGUUCUGAUCUUUAUAACUAGACUACAUGUCAUGUGAAAAAAUGUAUGAAACUGUAUAGUUUGUGUUUGAUACUGACUGACGUUGUUCUCCCAACUCAUGGCUCCCAAAUGAAGAGUGUAUUAAAAAAAGUAUUCUUCAAAAUCUCGGACCAUGAUGCACCUGUGAAGUGUUUUUUGCAAACCUCUAUACCAUGAUCAUAGUCAAACUAGUAUGUAUCAAGGCACGCCUAUUUGAAUUUAUCAAGUAACAUAAUUUAAAAAAAAAAAUUGUAUUUCAAAAUCAACAUAUGGUCUUAUUCACAAUGUAAAUACUUACUAAUCUAUCAAAGUAUGCAGUAGUGAUUACAAAGUAUUGUGUUAUGGUGUACAUACUGUAAAUACUGUCUGUACUUAUUAAAGUGUAUGACAUUUU